AUGGCAGAAUUAAUAAAUAAAGUUAUUAACAACGAUGUGGAGCUCGCUAAACGCAACACGUCAUUGAUAAGCGAUGUACAGGAUUCUAAAGACCCCGUACCUCAAGACAACUCCGUGGAAUCUCAGGUGCCCGCGUCAUCAUCCUACAUAAUGAUGGAUCGAAGCCAGCUCAGUGGGGACGUAGACCGAUGGAUACACGGGGAGAGUGCAACUCCUGUAAGCACUGGUGUCCAGAGGAGCAGGUUAACAGUGGUGAUCACAAUGAAGCACUUUCUGAGUCACCAUGUCCCGAUCAAGAAAGAACUACAAAUACCUAUUUCUUCUAUUGUACCUGCAUCGAAGCUACUUGAAAAACUGUCUUCGCUUAAUUCGAAGAAAAGUGUUAUUAAACAACAAAAUGAAUCGUUGGAACAAGCAUGUACUUAUUUAGCUAAACCAGUUAGUUCACAAGGCAUCACUGUACCACGAGUAUUGUUUCAUGAAAUCGAUUUUCGCGCUCGUCUGCACAACCACGCAGCGUCACGGAUUUUGACGCGUCUGCAUAAUUCGAACGCUGAAAAGAAAACCGUUCAGGCCGCAGUCUACAAUAGUCGCGAGUCGAGCGCGGUCCGCACUAUGUUCGCGAGUAUAUACGUCGUUCGGGUUUUCGCGUUCGUCGCCCUAGUCGGGAGCGUCUAUGCUCGUGUACAGCCAAACGACGCAGAAAUUUACGUAGACGUGGCCCCUCACUCUGAAGAGCAAGAAGAAAUAGAAAAGAGAUACACAAAAGAGCUAGUAGAAGAAUUUAAUUCAGCCAGUGCAGAUGCUCUGCUCCUCUUCACGGAGUACACGGCGAAAGCUGGAGCUGAACUCAAGACUUUCUUGAGGAACAUAUCUUUGCUGGCUACGGAGACUAUUGAUUCUACGGAUCCAAGAGUUUUGGACAAUGCGCCAGCCUCGUGUCGUGUCAAAUUCGAGAGUCAACUCAAAAAGAUCGAAUAUGACGCGCACCGCGCUGCCAGCUUCAACGGCGAGAACCACCAUAAGUUCCUCCUCGGCCACAUGAUCGUCUUCAGGAUGCAUCUUAAUAAGAGCGAGGAGUAUAUUAAGAAAUGUGACAGAAUAAUAAAGGACUGCGGCAUACCGUGUGAAACGACUCCAAGAAUAACAAAAUGGCGUCGACUUGCCUUGGAGGAAAUCAACCGAGUUCGAGACGACAUCGAACAUUCGAGACGAUCAUAUCGCGACCUACUGCUGCACGCUCACAGACGCCUCAAUCACCUGAAGAAGCACGCGAAAACGAGGGCUUCGGCCGCUGUACAGGAGCUCACUGAAUGUGUUCAAGCUGGUUAA